AUGUCCGUUUUGAUGCCAAGGUUGUCGACCAACCUAUUCAAAAAUAGUGUUGUCUCUAAGACUAUUUUUACUCAAACCUCAAGAGUUACUAAAUCUUUUCUAUCUACUACAUCAGUAAACUAUGCUGCCGCAUUUGAUCGUUCCAAACCUCAUGUAAAUAUUGGUACUAUUGGUCACGUCGAUCACGGUAAGACUACCUUAACAGCUGCCAUUACCAAGACAUUAGCUAAACAUGGUGGUGCUAGUUUCCUAGAUUAUAAUGCUAUCGAUAAAGCACCAGAAGAAAGAGCUCGUGGUAUUACUAUCUCAACAGCUCAUGUUGAAUAUGAAACAGCUAAGAGACAUUAUUCUCAUGUGGAUUGUCCUGGCCAUGCUGAUUAUAUUAAGAAUAUGAUUACCGGUGCUGCUCAAAUGGAUGGUGCUAUUAUUGUUGUUGCUGCUACAGAUGGUCAAAUGCCUCAAACUAGAGAACAUUUAUUACUAGCUAGACAAGUUGGUGUUCAAAAAGUUGUUGUUUUUGUUAAUAAAGUUGAUACUAUUGAUGAUCCAGAAAUGUUAGAAUUAGUUGAAAUGGAAAUGAGAGAAUUAUUAUCCGAAUAUGGUUUUGAUGGUGAAAAUGCUCCAAUUAUUAUGGGUUCAGCUUUAUGCGCUUUAGAAGAUCGUCAACCUGAAAUUGGGGAAAAAGCUAUUAUGAAAUUAUUAGAUGCUGUUGAUGAAUACAUUCCAACUCCUGAAAGAGAUCUUGCUAAACCAUUCUUAAUGCCUGUUGAAGAUAUCUUUUCUAUCUCUGGUAGAGGUACCGUUGUUACAGGUCGUGUUGAAAGAGGUCAUUUAAAGAAGGGUGAAGAAUUAGAAAUUGUUGGUUUCAACAAAGUUCCAUUAAAGACUACUGUUACUGGUAUUGAAAUGUUUAGAAAAGAAUUAGAUGAAGCUAUGGCUGGUGAUAAUGCAGGUGUCUUAUUAAGAGGUAUUAGAAGAGAUCAAGUUAAGAGAGGUAUGGUUAUGGCUAAACCAGGUACAGUUAAUGCUCAUACUAAGAUCCUUGCCUCUUUCUAUAUCUUAACUAAAGAAGAAGGUGGUAGACAUUCUGGUUUCGGUGAAAACUACAGACCACAAAUGUUCAUUAGAACUGCCGACGUUACUGUUGUAAUGAAAUUCCCACCAGAAGUCGAAGAUCAUUCCAAACAAAUCAUGCCAGGUGACAAUGUUGAAAUGGAAUGUGAAUUGAUCCACCCUACCCCACUAGAAGUCGGUCAACGUUUCAAUAUUAGAGAAGGUGGUAAGACUGUUGGUACUGGUCUAGUCACUAGAAUCAUCGAGUAG